CUUCACCGCCCCUCCCUUCCGUGACCUACCCACUCCUUGCAGCCCUCGUCCGCACCUUCUCCGACACUCCGGCAUCCUUGCACCACCUGCUCGACAGCUCCGGCGGGCGCUGGUACUUGCUGUGCGCGCCGAGAGGAAGACAAGCUCCGAACCCGUGCCUGGCAGACCGGCUGUCACGGCUGCACCACCAGCAGGAGGAAGAGGAAAAGAAACUAUUUUGCCCACCGAAACCCCAUUCUGCGGGUGCUUUGCCGUUGCCGCUUCUGCUGCUGCCGAUCCGCGUCCGAGGGUUCGAGCACCGCAGCGGCGCGGACCGUGGGUCCGGCGGGCUCGGCAAGGAAGACACCGGCGGAGCUCUGCACUCUGGUGCCCCGCUUAUCAGCAUCUCUUUGCCCCUCUCAUUUCUUCCCCAACCCUUUAGAGAAGGGACCAUGAUUUGGAAACGCAGCGCCGUUCUCCGCUUCUACAGCGUCUGCGGGCUCCUGCUACAAGCGGCUGCUUCAAAGAAUAAAGUUAAAGGCAGCCAAGGGCAGUUUCCACUAACACAGAAUGUAACUGUUGUUGAAGGAGGAACUGCAAUUUUGACCUGCAGGGUUGAUCAAAAUGAUAACACCUCCCUCCAGUGGUCAAAUCCAGCUCAACAGACUCUGUACUUUGAUGACAAGAAAGCUUUAAGGGACAAUAGGAUCGAGCUGGUUCGGGCUUCCUGGCAUGAACUGAGUAUCAGCGUCAGUGAUGUUUCUCUCUCUGAUGAAGGACAAUACACCUGUUCUUUAUUUACAAUGCCUGUCAAAACUUCCAAGGCCUAUCUCACUGUUCUGGGUGUUCCUGAGAAGCCUCAGAUUAGUGGAUUUUCAUCACCAGUUAUGGAGGGAGACUUGAUGCAGCUGACUUGUAAAACAUCUGGUAGUAAACCUGCAGCUGAUAUAAGAUGGUUCAAAAAUGACAAAGAGAUUAAAGAUGUAAAAUAUUUAAAAGAAGAGGAUGCAAAUCGCAAGACUUUCACAGUCAGCAGCACACUGGAUUUCCGAGUGGACCGCAGUGACGAUGGCGUGGCCGUCAUCUGUAGGGUGGACCACGAAUCUCUCAAUGCCACCCCUCAGGUGGCCAUGCAGGUGCUAGAAAUACACUAUACACCAUCAGUAAAGAUUAUACCAUCUACUCCUUUUCCACAAGAAGGACAACCUUUAAUUUUGACUUGUGAAUCCAAAGGAAAACCACUGCCAGAACCUGUUUUGUGGACGAAGGAUGGUGGAGAAUUACCGGAUCCUGACCGAAUGGUUGUGAGCGGUAGGGAGCUAAACAUUCUUUUCCUCAACAAAACGGAUAAUGGUACAUAUCGAUGUGAAGCCACAAACACCAUUGGCCAAAGCAGCGCAGAGUACGUUCUCAUUGUACACGAUGUUCCCAACACUUUGCCUCCCACUACUAUCAUCCCCUCCCUUACCACUGCAACAGUCACAACCACUGUAGCCAUAACAACCAGCCCAACCACAUCUGCAACAACCAGCAACAUAAGAGAUCCCAAUGCUCUGGCCGGCCAGACUGGCCCUGAUCAUGCUCUUAUAGGAGGAAUUGUGGCUGUAGUUGUAUUUGUCACGCUGUGUUCUAUAUUUUUGCUUGGUCGAUAUCUGGCAAGACAUAAAGGAACAUACUUAACAAACGAAGCAAAAGGAGCUGAAGAUGCACCAGAUGCUGACACAGCCAUUAUCAAUGCUGAGGGCAGCCAAGUCAAUGCUGAAGAGAAAAAAGAAUAUUUCAUUUAAAAUGCAGGCCAAGAUUCUGAAUUUUCCUUCCCAGGCUGGCUGCUGGAGAAAACUGGCUAUCAUCUUUCAGAAUUCAUUUCUACCAUCUUCUGCUACCUUUAUUAACUUCCAUCCUGUACUGCUAUCAGUAGCCAGUAUAUACCAACAAUCAGCUGUCAAAAGCAUCAUUCUUUAAUUAUUGUACCAUCCAUAAUGCAGGACAUUUCUUACUGCCUAAAUUCCACACCAUCGCUCUUUUAACAUACAGUGCUUGAAUAUACAGCCUUAACAAUGUUAAUCAUCUCCUUGGAUCAUGAUAUUGAAUUGUUUUUAUACAUUGAAAAAAAUGUAUGCAGAGCCCCCCCUCCCCCCUCAUUUUUUAUUCUCUUCGAAUCAUAGAUCUUGUCAGUUUGCCAUUGGACAGCUUUCACAAGGAACAGGAUUAGGUAAAGACCUAAUAUGCAUAUGUUUAAUCAGAUAUUAGAGGUUUACAAUGCUUUUUACAUGUCUUUCUUCAAAGACAUGUUUUGGAAGCAUAUGCCCUAGAAAACACAAACUGAAAAAAAAUCCCACUGUAGUGUAGAUUCUGGAAUGUUUGCGAUUAUACUGGUAAAGCUGUAUCAAUUUGCUAUUUAAAAAUAUAGUAUUUGAUACAGAAGCCAUGUGUCUGGAGUGCAGUCAUGACAUGGUAUCAUAUAUAAUGAUAUAGGUCCUACUAUCAAGUUAUUUUAGCUUCAUAUACCAAUAAAUUGUAACAAGCAUUUUAUGGCUUUGACAGUCACCAAGAUUUCAUUCAUUUCUCUAAUUUGAUUCUGUAAUUUAUUUGCUCCACAAAGACUCACCUGCCUAAACAGAAUUGAAAUAUCCAUAGGGCACAAUUUUGAGACAUUUUAGUAUCUGUAUAUAGUGCAUAUAAUAAAUCCAAUUAAACAUUAUUUGAUACAUAUUUAACUUUUUUGGCUGUAGGUAAUUCAGUCAUGAGUAAGCAUUUUCUAAUGUCCAUUAUAUCCCUUUAGAUAUUACUUAAACCAAUAUUAUAAGUAGAUAACAUGUAUUAGUAUUUUUGUCUGUAUGUCCUAGCACUGUUCAACAACAAAUUUUUCUAGUUCUUGUUAAUUUGUAUUUGUUAUACAAUGGAAGCACAAUGUUAUAAGGAAAGGUAAUUUUAAGCUAACAACCAGUGCACAGCCUCAGGUUUUAAAUGACAACUACAGUUGAAUAAUAACCUAAAAAUAAACUCUUAGUUUGCUAAAAAUUUACAAAUUUUAAUUUGGCAGUUCCAGAGCUGCUUACCUAUGUUGGUUUGCCAAAAAGAAGUGUUUAAGAUAUGUUUUCUGUAUAAAUGAACUAAUUCUUUAUAUUAAAUUCCUGUCUAUGCAUUUUGUGAGGUACAAACUUAUGAAACAGUGAGUGAUAGAGAAUUUCUGCCAUGCUUUUAACUCCAAGGUGAAAGUCUCUUUCUCUGGAUUAUUUCUGAAAUUUUGAUGUAUUUAACCAUUAAGAAAUGCUGUAUUCUUAAAUAUGACACAGAGUCAAUCUAAAGUCAUAUUAUUUCUCCUAAGAAAAAUACAGUAUUACUAGAUUAGUUCUCAUUAGACUUACUAUAUGCUGAAGAUUAAAAAAUCCAGUAAGGUAAAAAUUAUUUUCCCAUUCAAAAGCAUUGCACCUUUAUGAAGAAAACAAAUGUGACAAUGUGGUAGCUAUUCUUGUGAUGUCUGAAAGCAUGAUGGCCUAUGGUUUUAAAAAUAGUAUCUUGGAAUUUAUUUUUGGGAAAUGAGAAUGGUUGAGUAUGACAUCAUGUAUUACUAUCAAAUGAAAGACAAGGGUGCUGUAUCUUAGAUUAUUUAUCAGAAAAGUAUAAGUCUUUUAAGGACGUUAGAAUUUUUAAAUUUUUUUUGACUGUUGAAGCAUUUAUCUUGUUGAUUUCUCACAAAAGAAAAAGGACGAUGUCAGUCAAGCAGCACUUUUUCAGAAUAUACAGAACAUAAAUAAUAUGAUGUGGUUGAGUGUUAACAUAAUAAAUCAUAUACAGUAUGACAUUUUAAGGAAAUAAGUCUGCAUUGAUGUGAUUGCAUGCUUGUUUUUACAGUUCACUCCAUACCAUCUGUGGAAAAAUGCAAUAAUAUGUUAAUAUAGUAUGGUAGUUUGAGAGAAUCAGGUAGGUGCUACUAGACACAUUGAAACUAGAAUAGGUUUAUAAACUGUUCAUAACUUUCAAUGCAUAAUCUUUAGAAAGACUCCACAAAGCAAAAUUCAUCCUGUUAGUACAAAAUGGAAGGGUUCUUAUUAGAGAAGUAAGUUGUAUAAACUGCAUCAUCAGUUACUAUUUAAAGCCUAAUUUCAGGAUGCACUUACAAAAUUGCUACUCUUCAUUGAUGCCGUAUUUACAUCCCUCUUCAUUUCAUCUGUAUUCUGCUCGGCUCCAACUGCUAAAUUGUUGCCUAAAUAACUCAAUCAUUAUUUAUAGCACUGUAAAAUUAGAAACCCCAAAUUGGUUGCAUUUCAAGACUUUUGAUUCUUUUAACCCUUUACAGUAAUCUAAAAACUCAUUAGAACUCUGUAAAAGAAACUAACUGGUAUAUUGUGAUUUGUGAGUGCUAAUCAAAUAUUCUGCCAGUUAAAACAGAUUUUGAAUUAGGUAUCAUUUUCAAUUACUGAAAGAAAAUAGCAAUGGAAUUAUAUUUUCCUAUCUUUAAAAAUAACUUGAUUUCCACCAAACAAGGAGAUAAAUUGUAGAAACUCUGUUCAUUUCUAAAAAAAAUAGAAAAAAAUAGGAAAUAACAUUUCUAAAUGGACUGUGUCAAUUGCAAUACCUGAAACGUACAUACUUGUAUGCCCAGAGAGCCCAACUCUGUCUUUGUUUAGUGACCACCAUAGCCACAAAAUUCAAUGGAAGGAGUGUGUACACACAUACACACCCCUGGUAGAACAUGGAACAUUAUUCUUUCCCCAAAGUAGCUAUUCUCUGCCCAUGUAAUGUUUACAGUGUAAAGUGAUUGUCCUCCAUCCAAAAACGUGUAAACAGCAUUCUUUUUUUUCUUAUUUCCAUUUUUGAGUGUCCUAGAUAGAACAAUUAUCAAAAUUGAGAAGAAAAAAGGAAAGUUUGUGAGUGCAAGAGCAAAGAUAGCAUGAGCAAAGUAUCAAUGUGUGUGUGUGUGUGUGUGUGUCCGUGUGCCUGCGUGCACGCAUGUGUGUGUGAGAGAGAGGGAAAGUGAGAGAGUUCAUCUUGCUUUCUUUUACCAGAGAAUCCAAGCAGCAGUUUAAGGAACCUGACAUUGGAAUUUAAUCUAGAAACUGGAUGAUCUCAUAUUGAUUCAAGAUGCUUAAUCUUGCAUUGAAACCCCACAAUUAAAAUAACAGAUAGAGAAAGAAAACUAACUUUCCUAAAUAUGGCAAAGAAGCUAACACCUCAUUUAUUUUUAUUUCUUUGUAAAAAUAUAAAUAUCUCAAUUAGAAGGACAGGCUCACUUGUAAUUACGUACUCAUGAUUGUAACAGCAUUGAGAUUCCACAUAGGCACGUGUACAGCAGCUGUUUGACGGUGAUGGUUCUUCCAUGUAACAUAGCAGUUAUCGUGUAAUUUAGUGCCACUUAUUGCAAAGUGUUACCAAGGGGAACAUCUGAAAUACCUUUUCUUUUUCUUUGGCCAUAAGGAUAAUUCAAUGAAUGAUAAAUAUGAAAUUUCAUGUUCCAUUUUUUAAUCGUAGAGAAAGUGCAAAACCUCGUAUCUUACUGCAACUUCCCCGUCCUAUUGCUAACUACUUACAGCCCUCUAAAACUGCCCACCAGAAUCCCCCUUUGCAAAUGUAAUCUGUGAUGAAUAUACCAUACAAAACAAAAAAACAAAAAACAGCUGGCAACCACAGCUGAAAGAAAUGAAACACCUAAGAAGAAUUACCAAGUAAUGCUUUUAAUUAAGUGGCACAAAGUACACACUAAAAACUAUGCAAAAUAUAGGUAACUACAGUGUACGUACAUGUAAGUAUCUUGUACUUGCUGUGUAUGGAUGUUGGAAACCCAUGUAAUUAUAAUAUGCAUUUUGAAUAUUGGGAAAGAGGAAAUCUUAGUGUAGAUAAUAGAAUUUGUUUUGAAAUAUACACUGGCAAUACGGAAAUACACUCAGUGCAAUAUCUGCAAUUCUAUUGCUGGAUACUUAAUGCAAAGGGAUUUUAAAGAAUUCUUCAAGAUCUAAGAGGUUGCUAAUCUUCGCCUCCCUCAUAUGAAAGCAUUAAUUAAAAAUACAGCUGACAUAACAACACAUUAAGUUUUUCUUACUUAAUCAUUAACAUGACACAAUAAAAUUAGUACACCUAGUUUUUAGCUGGAGAGAAAGAAAUAACCUGAGUUUUAAACUUUGAUUCAACCUAGUUGAAUUUGGAUAUGUUAUGUUGAAUAUGGUAUGUUUUAAUGGAUAGUGGUACUUUUAUUACAAGUACAAAUUUAUUCAAAGAACAUAGGUUACCUUUAAUAGUUAGAGCCACUAUAUCUUAAUGGGACCUUUUAAUAUAUUUUCUUUUUCUAUUCUUUCUUCCCUUUCUCUCUCUGUUUCAUCCCAAGCAUGCCCUUUGCACCUAUACCCUUCCAAAGGCAAUGGAUUGAAAGUAGCAAGAUUUGAAAAGAGAGCUAAAGGGGACAACAUGUAAAAAUGGGUUCUAAACUCAUCAGCAUUUUUAUGUAUUAAGAUUAUUAAUAUUGAAUGCAAUAGUUAUUGGAUAUAGCUGGUAAGUUCUCUGCCAUGCAUACUUACAAUAAUUCUUCUACCUCUCACUUUUAACAUGGGCUAUGAUACUUCAAUAUAAAUAGAAGAAAUAACUAUUUACAAGAUAUCCCAGGAAGCACUCUUUUGGGACUAUCAUAACGGUCCGCUCCCCACCCCCUGGGAGAUCUCAAAAGCCAACUUUACUUUUAGUGUAUUCGACGGUGUAUGGAUCUACAUUUGUUUUUCCUUUUCUAUCAGUAACUUUUCCUAUAAGCAAAAAUACAAUAACUUUCUAAGGAUAGUUCUUCUCAUGCCUAUUUACUAUUUCAAUGUGAUAUAAUUGUGUUGAUUUUAAAACAGUACUUUAAAUGGCAACACUUUGCAAUCCAAGCUGACAUUUCAUUUACUACUUGAAAUGAAAUAAUUUCUUAUAAAUUAAUACUGUGCUUUUAAGUAAAAAUCAUAUAUGUGAUUUAUUUUCCCAAGAAGUGUUAUCUAUGUAAGACCAAUAUUUAAGUAUUUAAAAUUGCCUCCUUAACAAAUAAUCCCUGAAUAGUGACUGCAAAGUAUUGCCACAAAUGCCCACUUUAUUUUGUCUGCAUAGACAUAUGAAUUCUUCAAAGGCUGUAAUUUAAUUCUUCUGAAAGGAAAUGACACUUUGAAAAGAGAUUUUUUCCUUUAGAGAGAAAGGACAUAAAAAUUAUCUCAAAUUAUGCUGAAUCUAUAAAAUAUGCUUAAAGUAAGAUAUUUCUGUUAUGUGGUUAUGUUACAAAUGAUAUUUGGUGUAAUCUUUAACAUCUUUUCUAUAUAUAUAUGUAUGUGCACAUACAUAUAUAUAUAUAUAUAUAUAUUACAAUAAAUGUAUAGUUAUUUUGGAGAGAGUGGGCCCAAAUGUGAAAAAAGAUGUAAAGAAAAAAAAACUAUUUUCCCCUAUGAAAUAUACUGUAUAUUUCAAAAGAAGAAACUUAAAAGAUAUCUGAAGAUUGCAGGGGCAAAAGAAAAACCUACCAGGGCUCAGCACUUAAGCACUUUUCCCACAUCCAGGGUCAGAACAGCAGUGAUUCCUACACGGACUUGUAAGUGCGGAAUGAAACGCCACAUUUCACUUAGACACCGUACUGUCAAACCUCAAGUGUUUUCUUUCUUCAGAUGCUUUUCCUUGUACAUGAUACUAGUAGAUACUUUUCUCUUUAUAUUUGCUGAUAGUGAAAGUUAUAUGCAAUAAAAUAUUUGAUGGUUGAAAGCAGUGGUCACCCGUUGGUUAAAAAAAUUGAAAUGUAUACUGAAUUGUUAUCUCUAUCCUUUUUGCUUUUUCUCUGUGUUUCUAAUGUAUUGAAUGAGUCUCAUAAAUAGAAAGAAAAGUAAUUUAGAAAAUUUUCAAAACUAGUACUCUUUCUCCUUCUAAAUGUAUAAAAUUCAUCUCUUUACAAAUUGAUUUAACUGUACCUGCUGUACUUAUUGUAGAUUCAAUGACGCAGUUAAGUAGUAACCCAAGGAUUUAUGAGUUUGGGAUUACUGGCCUAUUUUCUUCAUAUUCAGUUCACAUCAAUAUUUGCAAAUUGGUUGUUUAGCUUUUCAUUCAACCAAAAAAUAUUCCCUCAAGAAAGCUCCAUUUUUAUCAUAAAUAUUUCAACAUAACCAACAUCGGAACAAGUCUGCCAUGUUAAAAAGAAUUUAAAGACUUAUCUCAGAAAAUGGUACCCAGAAAUGCAGGUGUUCCCAGUAAUGUAGCUUCAAAAAGGAAAUGUCCUAUUUAUAUGACAUGAAAUUCAUAACUUUUGGAAGGGUAUAUUUAUGACAGCAUAAAAAUAACUCUGUGCUGUAAAGAAGAUGCACCGAAAUCAAGCAUAUUGCACAGAAGAUAAGGAAACACAAUUACUGAAUCUACUGUUACCAUUAACAUUUUCAAAAACCAAAAUGCAUAUUGUAAUAUUAGGUACAUGACACUUGCAUGUUGAUAUGCCUAUAUACUUACAAAGUAUUCAAUGUGUACUUAGUGGCGCUUAAAAUAUGUCAUGUACAACUCUUAUAAACAUUCUUACAGGGUUCCCAUUUGCACUUCAUCUUUCAGUGAAGUCUUGUCAGAAAAAAACUGUCUGAUACAUAUGGAAAAAAAUAAAAUUUGAGUUUUAGUUAUGUUGGACAUUAUUGAAUUGUUUAUUCAUUUAGUUCCUUUGUUUAGGCUUGAAAACAGACAUUGAAAGGUGGAAAAUUUUUUUUCCAUUGACAGAUUAUGAAAGAUGUUACAAAACAUACUAUUUUAUGCCAAACACAUCAUUUUGCAUAUCUUUUUCAAUUUCAUACAUUAUCCAUUCACUUUAGAUACUCUCAGUGAUGCCCAUUUUCUUUGUAAAUUUCUUAAUGGAAGUUUUAAAAACUAAGCAGUAGUAAAAUAAAUGUUAUUUUAUUUGUACAACAUUUAAUCGUUACUCCUUGGAAUAUACGAACCUUGUAAUAUGCUAAGGGUUAAAAAAAAUGUUGCUGACUUAAGGAAAUUUGCUUGAAAUUGCCAAAAUUUCAAAUCUCUGUAAAGGUAAUUUUACAAUCACUUAUGUGUGCUUACUAAUACUGACUAGGAACAGAAGCAAAAAUACCUAAAACUUUUUUUUUAAUUUUCACACUCUAACCAGUAUUAUAUAUCUCAACUACCUAAGAUAAUGCAAUUAAUAAUAUAUCCAUUCUAAGCUUAUGCCAAUAAGAAUUUGAGAUAAGCUUUUAAAUUUAUGGAGGAUUUUCUUUGUGUCUUUGGAAGUUCACUUACCAUAAGGUAUUUUAUAGUCUACUUUAAAUAACAGAUUUUGUUAUACAGGGUAAGCCAAAGGCUGUACAAGAAUUAGUGUCAUUGGGUCUGAUAUUUGUGUUAGACCAUGAAAUAUUCCAUUAAAAUUUAUCUGUAAAUACAA